UUGUGGCUUUUUUUUUUGUGUGUGUGUGUGUGUGUGUGUGUGUGUGUGUGUGUGUGUGUGUGUGUGAGAGAGAGAGUGUGUGGACCUCACAGUGCAAGUUGGAUUGCUUUUCUGUCUACUAGGCUGUGUCUGACAGGAAUUUCAUCUCUAAAGCAGCACCUGCUUCCCCGGGUUAUCAUCACACUAAUGAGGAGAAGACAGCACUGCACUUUCCUGCUUCACUCCUCAAAAUCCUGAUUUGAUUGGCUGUUUCACCUGCCCUAUGACAGUCCUUGUGACCUUUGCAGGAUGAUAAUUUUGCGGCAUCAGAAGAAGCUUGUGUUGUUCUUCCCGGUUUUGUGCUUUGUGGCCUGGUUCUACCUACUGGGCUUGAAGAGUGGUCAUCAGAGCAGAUUACAGGACUCCAAAGGAUACAUGAACUACUUUUUUUCUUGGCAUGAUCUGUGGUCUCUCAACCCUCUCUUUAAUAUGGGAAAUAAAAAAGGACAGAUAAAAGACCGACUUACAAACUCCAAUGACAGAGUAGUGGGUGUUCAUUCAAAUGCAACCAAAAAAACUUGGAUCGAAAUGGUGCGCCAACCUGAUGAUUCUCCAGUGGACCCUUUUAAUCCAGAACUAGACUUCUUGGGAGACAAAUAUGCAAUCGAUGAUUAUAUGCUACAAACUAGAUGUCCUAGCAGCAUCCGUAAAAAGGUGUUGCAGACUGACUUUGCUAAGAUGUUCUUGUCCAGUGUGCCAGUCCUGCAGUGGGCGAAGCAUUUCUCUAAGGCAGAAUAUGAGCGGUUAUCCCACUACCGUGGUGCCCACGGAUGGGGUAGUGUCAGUGUUGAUGUUUUGAAUGAAUCUCUGGCCAUCUUAAACACUUCUGCAAACCGGCUGAUGUUUGACGACUGGGAGAAGAGCAAGAGCCGAUCGCAGUGUAUCCGCUGUGCUGUGGUUGGAAAUGCAGGAAUCCUGAAUGGGUCAAAGAAAGGCCUGGAGAUUGACAAGAACGACUACGUAUUCAGGACAAAUGGUGCAGUUAUUAAAGGCUUUGAGGAGGAUGUUGGCUCACGUACCUCUUUCUACACCUUCUCCACGAACACCUUUCGCAACUCUUUGAGAAGUUAUGCACGUGUAGGCUAUAAAAGUGCUCCACAGAGCAAGGAGACCAGGUACAUUUUCCUGCCUGAUCAUGACCGGGACUAUAUUCUCAUGAGAGCUGCAUCCUUGCACAUACCAAUCACGAAAGGCAAAGACCAGAGUUCUAAGCCUCCCAAAUAUUUUGGAUCUAAUGUAACUGUAGAGAAGUUUAAAAUGUACCACCCCGACUUCAUCCGUUACCUCAGAAACAGGUUUCUGCAUUCGGGCAGACUCAAAACCAAACUUAGAAACAUCUACAGGCCGUCUACAGGAGCCGUGAUGCUGCUGGCCGCGCUUCAUACGUGUGACGAGGUGAAUGCCUAUGGAUUUAUGACACCAGACUACAAGAACUACUCAGACCAUUAUUACGACAAAAUACAUCACCAAGUACAUUUCUACGCCAACCAUGACCUGCGAUUGGAGUUGAAUCUGUGGCAGAAGCUGCACAAGGCAGGACUGAUAAAGCUCUAUAUGCGAACAUGAUCCUAACUCUAACGAACCAAACUGGACUCUAUGGCGUCUGAUCCCGCUCAGGAUUUGAGGAUAUGCUGCAGAUAAAAAUCUUGUGACAUUUUAUUACCUUUGGAUUUGGCCUACUUCACCUAAACAUAAGGGUAAAGGUAAAGGCAAGAUUUAUUUAAGAUGUAUUUAUAAACUUUUUAAACUACAUGACCUGUAAAUCAGUUCAGGUACUGUGAAGUUACAGCUGGUGAAAAUGGUGAUGACCUUUUAACUGUGUUUAAAGGGCCAAGGUUCCUAAAAACUUGGUGAACAUGUGUGACCUGUGUCUGUGACCUGUGUGUGUGUGUGCGUGUGUUAAAUGAAGGAAGAACUGUGUGAGUGCGAGUUGUAAUUCAGUACCUCAAGUUGAAGAAUCACACUGAUGAAGAUUCUAAUAUAAAGUUUAUACAAGAUAAUUUAUAUAUUUGUGGAAAAUCUUUAAUACUUUCAUGCCAAGUAGGUAACCUUUUUCAGACAGGGAAAAUAUUAUGAAGGCUAUAUGUGGAUGAUAGGGCUAUAGACAGAAAUAACAGCUGAUGAAAAUGUCAGAGUAUAUUUCCUUACACACAUGCCAGGAGGUGAAGGGCUUCAACUAAGAGACACUUUUGCUUUUCUUGAGGAAAAAAAAAAAAAAAAGACUCGUUUUAAUUGCAUUCAUUAUUAAAUAAAGGGACUAGGUUUGUCAUGACUUCUGAUUGAUUCAUUUGAUUUGAAAUAAAUAGUUCAAGGUUGUCAUAUUUGUCACUGGCUUGUAACUCAUUCAUGUUUAGUGGGCUGGAAGGAUUGUUUAAUUGUGCAAUACCCAGCACAUAGUACAGGUGCUUCACACAUCUUAUGUAAUUACAUUCACAUAUAAUUGUGGAAUUAUUGUGUAACAAUUAUUGUCCUGGAAUGAGCACAAGACAGUCUCUAUGAUUACUGCAGAACUAUUGUGUACAUAUGUACAGUAUUCAGGUUAAGCAGCUGUGACUCAAGAGUGAGACUUAAAAUGUUUCAUGCUUGGGACAGGCACUGAGAGCGCAGUGAUGCACGCAACCCCAGUGGCUAGGGUUGGUUUCCUGGCCAGGAAUUGAACCCAGGCAGCAGCGGUGACAGCACUGUGGCCAAACCACUAGUCUUCCAGGGACCCAUAAUACUGUAGCACUGUAAAUCUGUAAAAGUUGUGUAGAUUGUGCUUUGCUGUCCACUUGUGGCAAUUUCAUGUAGGUGCACACUUCCCUCCAUUCCAUGCCAAUUUACAGUUGAGAGUGAUGAGAGUGACUGAGCUGCAGAGAAUUUAUGCUUAUUUACCAAUUGUAUUUAAUCCAGUUAGCAGUGUAAACAAAUAUUCCAAGCAUGUCAUGCCUAGGAGGAGUAUGAACCACUGUUCUCUUAUUUUUAUACAAUUUCUGAGAAUGUUGUCUUCAAAAUUUUCUUGCAUCAAAUAAUGUUGCUCCAAAUAUUGCUUAAUAACAGCUUCCUGGAGUUUAAUAUCUGGUGGGAUGUAUUAGAAGCAAGAAGAGAACAAGAAAGGAAUAUUCUUGUGCUUAAUAUUCCUUUAAAAUUUCCCAAUGCAUUAAAAAAGUCUUCAAAUCAAUUGAAAUAUGAAAAUGUCUUGCACAAAAUAAACUAUAGAUAAAUGCGCACUUCUGAUGCACUAGUAGCAAGGUUCAUUUCAUUGCAAUGUGAGUUGUUCCUUGCCUCUGGCACUCUCAUAACUCGUCAAAGAAUGGAGGGAGGAACCGUGUACCUUGAGAUAGUUGUUCUUUUUCCUCCAUGCCAGAGAGGUUAAACUUGUUGAAUCAUUUAAUAAUGAAGAGCUAAAUCUCUCUGUCUCUCUCUGUCUCUUUGCAAAGCCUCUUCAAUGCAAGCCUCUUAUCAUUCUCAGCAUGAGCUCGGCUCUGCUUUUCAUGCUUCACAAAAAAGUAAAGAAAAACACACAAAGAUAUGUCAGAAGAGCCUUCUAAAAGCUGUUGCAGGCAUUGAACCUGACUUACAAAACUCUUGAGUUUUGGAAGUUUGGUGGUUCUGAACUUCUUCCCUUUAGGAAUGAUGAAUGCCACUGUCUUCUACAGGACUUUUUCCACUCUAACACAAUCUCAGCUCUGGGAUUCUAAAGAGACAGGGCUGUGCCUAAUCAACUGAAUUUCUUAAAGAAUUAAGUCUGCACACAUUUAUCUCUCUUCAGUCAUUACUCCAAUUUGAUUAGCACCACAAAUGUUUUGGCUUUAAGUCUUCAUCAGUCUGUAGCCAUCUUAAAUCACGAUACCCUUUUUAAAGGCUGCAAGGCAUUACAUGACAUGAUUAACCCCAGAGAUAACCUUAUGCAAUAGCAGUUUCCUCAGAAAACACACUCAAUUACAACAAUGUUACAAGAAAAAAAUACACAAGCCAAAAGAAGACACAACAGGUUAGUGGUCCAAGAGCUGUGCUCAUAUUAACAUUAUUUUGCCACCUGAACUCCUCUUAAUGGCAUAUGCUAUCAUACUAUCCACAAUCUACACAUCUGCACAACCACCAGGCUCUGAACACUAUGCAACAAAGCCUCAGAGGCUCAGGAACAAGCAGAGGAACAUGUUCUUGACACAUGUCAGACAUGGAUACUUCUCUAAAAUGUAACAAUCAUGGAUAUUUGAUCAAUCAAUAAAUUGUCACUUAUGCUCAGUAAUGCAAACAUUACACACACUUCCUUCCACUCAUACUUUAUUAACAGAAACAGCUGUAGUUAAUGGUCACUAAUGACUUGUUAUUGACUUCUGAUUCUGGUUCUCUUUCUAUCCUCGUCCUUCUUGAUCUCAGUGCUGCUUUUGACACUGUUGAUCACACUCUUUUACUUACCCAUCUUGGAACUGUCUUUGGUGUCUCAGCGACUGCUUUAAAUUGGUUUAGAUCUUAUCUCUCAGAUCGUAGGCAGUUUGUCUCUCUGGGUGGAUGCAGGUCAGAAAUGGGUUCAGUUUGCUGUGGUGUCCCUCAGGGGUCAAUCUUGGGCCCCUUACUUUUUAGCAUUUACAUUUUUCCUCUUGGUCAGCUCUUAAGAUCUGUCUGUCUUAAUUAUCAUGUUUAUGCAGACAACAUACAGAUUUACAUUCAUUCUAAACUUGGUGAUAAUGUGGCAGUCACUUUUUCACAUUGUAUUUCUGAGAUAAAAAUAUGGAUGGCUCAAAAUCUUAACAGUAAUAAGACUGAAGUAAUGCUCACUGGCCCUCCUCACCAGUUUCGUAAAGCUGGCUCUUUAAAUUUAACUGUGGAUGGCUCUGCAUUGGAGUUUCAAGUAAAAUUCAAAAAUCUAGGAGUUAUAUUUGGUACAAGUCUGUCUUUUGAUCCACAUGUGCAGAAUACUGUCAAAACAUCCUUCUUUCAUCUCAGAAAUAUUGCAUGAUUGCGCUCUGUUAUCUUUCUCUGUGACUGAAAAGCCGAUCAACACUUUUGUAUUUUCUCACAUUGAUUAUUGCGCUCCUGGCUGGGGUCUCUAUGUGCAAAAUUCAGUCCUUGCACUGGCUCCCUGUCAUGUUUUGUGUUGAUUUUAAAAUACUUAUGCUUACAAACAAGGCAUUGCAUGGUUUGGCUCCCCAGUACUUGGCUGAAAUUUUAACCCAAUACACCCCAAAACAUGAUAUCCUCUCCUCCAAUUCUGGUCUCUUAAUUGUCCCUCAGACUCGUUCAUGUACUAAGGGGGUUUUGGGCCUUUUCUUCUUCUGCUCCAUAACUGUGGAACUCACUACCAU